GCCUGACCAACGAAAAACUUCUUCAUCCAAGCGGUUUCGUCCUAGAGUACCUCCGGAUAAGCGUAAACGAAUUGUGAAGGCCUGUACCACCUGUCGCGUACGUAAGCGACGAUGUGUGCUGGUGUCUCCGGACAGAUGCCAGAAUUGCAACAAUACUAACUCCACCUGUAUCUUUGAAUCAGAAAAGAUAACACCGGUCGCUCGACCGAUUAGGUAUGAACCGUUGAUUAUAUUUCUGCCCAAGGAUGAUCACGAACUUAUUCAAAUAUCUUCAGCCAUCCCAACGAGGAUAGAAUCGAUCACGAAGAUGUUGCAGCACAGUUCAACAGACUCUAUCCUGAGAUUGGUCUCACGGCAGAUCAGUCAGCUCAUUUAAUGAAAAUUGUUAUGAAUGCUAACCCACCAUCUGCUGGAAAUCAGUCUGCAAAGCAGUUCGGCUAUGUUAGCGCUAUCCCAGGCGAGAGACCGGCACCUGAAUCUACAACUACACUACCGGGCUCUAACGCAACUACAUUUGGAGGACAUGAGGCGCUAGCACAUAAGGAUUUCCUAGAUUCAGCUACUGAAGCAGUUUCCCAAACCGAGAGACCAGAUUUCUCGGAGCAUAGUCCUUCGUUCUACCCGGAGAACGAAUCAUGUAGUGAGUAUGAGGACGAUCUGAUGAACCAGAUCUUGAAAGACUUCCCAUCACAGACCGAGGCUGAGGCCCUUAUCUCAACUUUCUUCUGUUAUGCUGAGGCAAACUGGUACUAUUUUGACGAGGCUACCUUUCGUAGUCAACUAUAUGCACUAUACAGGAGUGAUUUUUCUACGUCUGUUACCGACGCCAAAUUGAUUUGUUUGGCCCUGGCUGUCUUUUCUCUGGGAAGUCAGUUCGCUCAUCUUCACAAAGAUUGCCCAGACAAUGAUGCGGAAGGAGUGAACAUAGAACAGACCGGUAUUCCUGGUGCUAGAUAUUUUCGGCAUGCGCAGUACCUUAUACCACGGAUAAUAACAUGCCCAUCCUUGGAAGGGGUGCUAAGCUGUCUUUUAGCAGCCCUUUACUCGCUACCAAUUCAUAAUACUAAUACAUGUUACACAUAUCUCGGCCUUGCGUUGCGCAAUGCGAUCUGCCUCGGUCUACAUCGGAAACCCGCCGGUUUUAAUUUACCCCCACAAUUGUCAGAGAUCCGAAAUCGUGUCUUUUGGACGACCUAUAACAUUGAACGGUAUGCAUGGUCCAUGCAGUUCCCCGUUUUGUCCUUAUUUUAUGCCCGAUUAUCCCCUAUCAUUCCCGUUUUUCUUACUUACUUUCUCACUGCUAUAGGCGGGUCGCUAUCUCUCUCGGGUAUCCGGAAACGCUCCAAUGCAACGAUAUCGAUUGCCCCCUCCCCCAGCGACGGGCAGAUUUAGAUUCCUCUGAUUCGUUUCGUGCCGAAAGGCUGGUGGCGUAUACAAAGCUAACUCAGUUGCUCAACAAGGCAAUUCAGUCAAAGUCAGGUGCCCAUGUUAUUAUGCUAUAGACAGAUCAUCCAUUUGGAUUUGUAUGGCUAACUCCUUCAACAGAGCACUGGAUAGAUAUGCUACAGAAGAAAUCCGACUGCAACUUCUUGCCUGGAAGGAACAGCUACCAGCUGAAUUGACAACGCUGGAUGGCGUCUCUCUAAGGCUUAAUGUACACCUACGACUCCACUACUGUAUGGUGUGGACGUAUAUCAGUCGUGCUGCCCUCAUUCGUAAAGUGCGAAGCUUUGUUAGCAACAAAAGGAGCAGGAGAGACGACACUAUCGCGAGUGCAGAGAUCCAAGAAUUGUCAAAGUGCUGUGUCCAACACGCGGAAGAAAUAAUUGACCUGAUCGAGCUUCUCAGAAAUCGCCGACAGCUAGCCCGUUUCUCUCAUACCGACUUUCACUGCUGCAGCUCUGCCACUAUUAUUAUCCUCCUGGAAAGUAUUCUGCAUCCUAGGCUCAGAUCUUACUCUAGAGUAAGCACAGCAAUGGAAGCCCUACAUUUUAUGGCCCGUGGCAGCGCCUUGGCAAGGAAUGCCCUGAAACAUGUGGAUAGUUUUCAGGUGGUCGUCAACAAAGCUUUAGCAGCCAUGUCUC